AUGACGAACCAAAAGGACUUGGACUUUGAAAACAUUUUCAAAAUUACAACGACGGCAUUGCAUAUCAGUGGGUCUCAUCCCAGCGUACCCAAAGAUUUAAAAUGGGCCCUAAAAUUUACAAUACUCCACGGGACAUUUGCUUUAGGAUUCGUAACAGUUAUAUACAGCAUCAUCUACCACGAUUUAAAAGAACAAAACUUCGUUCAAAUUUGCAAAGACUGCGUAGUAUUUGUUUUAUUCUGUGUGACAUCACUCCAGUACUGCGUCUUACUGAUCCAUCAGGAUAACCUCGUGUUAUUGAUUAAAAAUAUAAAUUCUGACUAUGAGCAGAUGCAGAACUUGUCUGAUAAGGAAAAGCAGUUGAUGGACAAAUAUAUGAAUCUAGGUGCAAAAGUUUGCCGGCAUUGGUUCGUUCUGGUUUUAGUAACUUGCUUGAUAUUCCUUAUAAAAAGUGUGGGAUUUAUGUGCUAUUACUAUUUAAUUAAUGAUAUCAAAUAUAUUCCCUAUUACGAUAUUAAGUACCCAGAGUUCAUUGAAGAACGGAAGAAUGAAAAUUUCUCUGUGUUUUUGAUUACUUAUUGUUUAAUGUUUUACUUUGCCCUUUAUUCGGUUUUGAUUUACGUUGCGUACGUGCCACUGGGUCCAGUAUUUAUGCUGCAUGCAAGUGGACUACUUGAGGUGGUCAAGAACCGGAUUGACGAUCUGUUUUCGGAUUCUAAUCCUGAAAAGAUUCGGGAGAAACUGAAGGACGUUGUUAUGAAGCUGCAGUACAUUUACAGCAUCGUUGAUGAUAUGAAGACAAUAUUUAGGUUUGGGUACGAAGUAUCUCUGAAAGGUACAGCCGUACUACUGCCUGUCACCUUUUAUGCAGUGCUUGAGGCUGCCAAAAACGGAGAAAUAAGCAUGGAGUUCAUAAGUUUUAUAGCAGGAGGGAUAGUGAUAAGUGCGGUUCCGUGCUACUACAGCGACUUGCUUAUGGAGAAGGGCGAAGCUGUACGCUUGUCCUUGUACAUGUGUGGGUGGGAGCAGCAUUACGAUCGGCGCACGCGCACCACGCUGCAGUUGAUGCUGCUACGGGCACUCAGACCUAUUGCUAUACAGACUUUAUUCAGAACUUUAUGCUUGGAUGCCCUAACUGACUUGUUUCAACAGUCUUAUGGUAUCUUCAACCUGAUGAAUGCCAUGUGGAGUUAA